UAAACCGCUCUCCCCUCCCGUCUUUCCGGCCCAAUUUUGUCAUCACCACCAAGCUUCUCAUUCACCACACUCGUUACCAACUCAACAAUCACCACAUUACUUACUUUUUAACAUAAUACCCAUUUUAAACACCCAACCAACCAAACACCACCACCACCAUCCAAAAUGAAGACCACCACCUCUUUCUUCGCCUACCUCCUCGCCGCCUCGGCCUCCUCCGUCUUCGCGGCCGCUAUUCCCCUCUCCACCGCCGCUCCCGCGCCCGUCCAGCAGGUCCACCAGGUAGCCGGCCAGCAGGCCAAGGCUGCUCUUGACAAGGCCUCUUCCUACGCCCCUGCUCAGCCUUCUGUCGCUGUUCCGCUCUCGACUAGCGUCCCCUCCGCGGGCCACUAUGUGCACCAGAUGAAGAACGUCGUUCCUCCUGUUGACGCUCCUGAGGCUCCUGCCGCUCCUGCCGUUGACGCGCCCGCUGUUCCCGCCGUCCCUGCCGUUGACGGUGUUUCCGCUCCCGCCGCUCCCGCCGCUCCCGCCGUCUCUGGCGUCCCUGGCGUCCCUGCCGUUGACGGUGUUUCCACUCCCGCCGCUCCCGCCGUCUCUGGCGUCCCUGCCGUCUCUGGCGUCCCUGCCGUCUCUGGCGUCCCUGCCGUCCCUGCCGUCCCUGCCGUCCCUGCCGUCCCUGCCGUCCCUGCCGUUGACGGUGUUUCCACUCCCACCGCUCCCGCCGUCUCUGGCGUCCCUGCCAUCCCUGGCGUCCCUGCCGUUCCUGGCGUCCCUGCCGUUGACGGUGUCUCCGCUCCCGCCGCUCCCUCCGUCUCUGGCGUCCCUGGCGUCCCUGCCGUUCCCGCCGUUCCCGCCGUCCCUGGCGUCCCUGGCGUCCCUGGCGUCGACGGUGCUGUCCCCGCUGACGCCACUGCUCCUGUUACCGACGCCGCUGCCCCUGCCGCUGCUGAUGCUGCCGCCGUUCCCGCCCCGGCUGAGGCCGCUGGCAAGGUCGUCGAUGGCGCCAAGGCUGUCGCGCCCGAGGUGUCCGGUGUCCCCGCUGUUCCCUCCGGUGUUUCCGCUGUUCCCUCCGGUAUCCCCGCUAUUCCCUCCGGUGUCCCCGCUCUUCCCUCCGGUGUCCCCGCUCUUCCCUCCGGUGUCCCCGCUGUCAAGCGCGUUUAAACGAGUUGCUUUUUGAGCAAGGCAUCGAUGGAUGGAGUCAUGAUUAAGGAAUAUUAUAGCGGAGGAUAUGAGAACGCGGAACUACCGCUUUGGCUCGCAUAACUUUCCAUGGAUUAUAAUGGCGGCUGAGAUGGAGUGGAGGAUUUUGAUGACAUGGGAAUUCGAGGGAGAGGGAAG